AUGAGAUCGCCAGUCGCCAGCACCAGGCAUACCGCAAACAAUAAGCCAGGUCCAGCCGUCGCCGAUCUCGACCCCUUAAGCCACCGUCUGUCCCCAUCACGAUCCAGCACGAACGUCCACGUCGCGGGUCGCGAGAGACAAUAUCCGGAAGAAAUUAUACUCAGCAUGUCUCCAAUGGCGGCUACCAUCGCAAGUGUUCCUGAAGCCAGACCCUUGAAAACUUUCAAGAAGUUCAACCAACCUGAGUUCCUUCCUCGGGCUGACGGGUCCGAUGAAAGUAGGGGUCUACAACCCUUCAAAUUCAGAACAGUCACGAUCGACUUCCAGAAUCCUGUUCGCCACCCUGAAAUAUCUGUGCUGCUACCCAGCGGCCAACUACGCACCAGUAGGAGGAUCGCAUAUAAUACCAAGACGAACCCGAGACGCAACCGUGAAGGGUCCUCUCCACCCCUCUAUUGA